UUAGAGGACUUCUUCUAUCAGCAUCCUCUCCUUCAACACCCAACAGUCAGCGAGAAGUCUCAUUUUCUCGUCAUGGAUUCUCAAUCAUCACUUAUAAAAAAUCACAAUUCAUCACGCUCCGCAUGGCUCUCUCGCUCACCUGCAGCGGUGGUGGUGGCGGCAGCAGCAGCAUCUUCUGAAGAAGGCGCAGGUUUGAGCUUCAACAUGAGAGCCAUCGAGGAUGUCGAGGAGGACGGGAGGGACCUGAGGAAACCGCUCCUCCGCAAAGGGGUCUGGUAUGCAAUGCAGGAGAAGGGGCCGGGGCAGCUCGACCUCCUUGGAUCCUCGCGAAUCCUCCGCAACAGCUCCGUCGCCGUCCUCCUCAGCGUCCUGGUCGUCGCCUUAGGUCCUAUUCAGUACGGAUUCAUCUGCGGAUAUACGUCUCCCACGGAGGACGACAUAAUAAGCGACCUAGGCCUUUCGCUCUCGCAGUAUUCGAUAUUUGGUUCCUUGGUGAACGUGGGAGCCAUGGUCGGGGCAAUCGUGAGCGGCCAUAUGACGGAGUAUGUCGGUCGGAAAGGGUCUCUGAUGAUUGCUGCGGUCCCUAAUGUUAUAGGGUGGCUGGCAAUAUCAUUUGCCAAGGAUUCCCUCUUCUUAUACAUUGGAAGGUUGUUGGGGGGAUUUGGUGUGGGUGUUAUUUCUUAUGUGGUGCCGGUAUAUAUAGCCGAGGUAUCGCCUCAGAACAUGAGAGGGACCCUGGGAUCUGUGAAUCAGCUGUCAGUUACAGUGGGAGUUUUGUUGGCUUACCUAUUUGGAGUAUUUGUCAGCUGGAGGAUCCUUGCUAUCUUGGGUUCUCUGCCAUGUCUAAUAUUGAUUCCUGGUUUAUUUUUCAUCCCAGAGUCUCCUCGAUGGUUGGCCAAAAUUGGUUUGAACAAGGAAUUUGAAGCCACUUUGCAGGUCCUACGAGGAUUGGAUACUGAUAUUUCCCUCGAAGUCGAUGAGAUCAAGAGUUCUGUGGCAUCAACAGACAAAACAACGAUCAGGUUUGGAGAGCUCAAGCAAAAAAGAUAUUGGUUUCCUUUAAUGGUAGGUAUUGGGCUACUUAUGCUCCGGCAACUCAGUGGCAUCAACGGUGUUUUAUUCUAUGCCACCACAAUAUUUGAAAGUGCAGGGAUUUCUUCAAGUGAUGUUGCAACUGUUGGAGUCGGUGCUAUCCAGGUUCUUGCCACUGCUGGUACGACUUGGCUUCCAGAUAAAGUAGGCCGACGACUGCUGCUAAUAGUAUCCUCGUCCACAAUGACUCUGAGCCUACUUGUUGUGGCUGUAGCGUUCUAUGUGGAGAGUUCUACUUCAGAAGACUCUAAAUUAUACAGCAUAAUGGGGAUAUUGUCGGCGGUUGGGCUUGUGGCUUUUGUGGUUGCCUUCGCUCUGGGAAUGGGAUCAGUUCCAUGGGUUAUCAUGUCUGAGAUCCUUCCGGCAAACAUUAAGGGCCUCUCCGGCAGCAUGGCAACGUUAGCAAACUGGACGACAACGUGGGUAAUCACGGUGACGGCAAACUUACUGUUGGAUUGGAGCAGCGGAGGCACCUUCACAAUCUACACAGUCGUGGCAGCUUGUACCCUUGUCUUUGUGGUACUCUUUGUUCCAGAAACCAAGGGAAGAACUCUGGAAGAGAUUCAGUCGGCAUUUAGAUGAAUCUUGCCUCCUGUCGUCCCAUUGAGUUUUGCUGUUUAUGAACAUGUGCACAGAGAGAGAGACAGAGAGACAGAGAGACAGAGAGAGAGAUUUGGCUUGGAAUUAUUUAUUUCACAACCUCGACUGAAAACUUGAGAAUAAGUCAUUAUUAAUUUAUUAGUAUGGAAAAAGAGCUUUGACGUAAA